CUCAGCGCCUACCGCCGCUGCUGAGCUCUGUGCAGCCGGGCGCACAGCGGAUCCCCAGCCGCGGCGCGAGGAGCUGGUGUCGCCGCGCGGGGCGCGCAAACAGCCGGCAGCCGCGGGACAGCUACCUCCAAGCAGCCGCUGGCGGGAGCAUCGCCGGGGCAGCGACGGCAGCUCUGCAGCCUCGGGUUGGGCCCAGGUCCCGGAGCAUUAGGAGAGGGAGGACGACGAGGACGCGGUGCGGCGCCCUGCAAGGGAAUGUGGUCAGAUUUUCAGGCCAGGAUGAAAAUCAGUGUGGGACUUGUCCUCAGGAGCCAUUAUGAUGUGAAGUUGAAGUGGGAUGUUGUCCAACCAUCAAGCUGUUUAUCAUUAUAACUAACACACCGCUUGGCAAACUUUGGGCCACGGGCAGCUAACAGACGGUGACUUUCCCAUUUUGGACUUUUCGUCUAUGUUGUGAAUUGUUUUGUAAAAAACAACAUAAUUGGAUUCCUCCCAAGUACUCAUUGGAAUAUACAUUAACAAAAUGCAAAGCAUAAGUACAUUACUGCUACUGGAGACACUCAUGGAGAAGCCUCUUAAAUCGCUGGUGUUCUGGCUUCUGGCUGUCGUCCCCACAUGCCCAGUUUGAUAAAGCUGGCAACAGUCUGUGCCCCCUUCAUGGAAUGAAUCAUCACUUUGUGAAGCCUGGAGUUAAAGAUGGACCCCUGAUUGCUGCACAGAUACGCAAAGCAGUGAGGAGCUUCUGACAUCUGUGGGGAAGGAGUCUACACUUAACAGGAAACGAUGGCCAAAACGGAGGUGAAAACGUCACUUUUGGACAAUAUGAUUGGAGUUGGUGAUAUGGUUCUUUUAGAGCCUCUGAAUGAGGACACCUUCAUCGAUAACCUCAGAAAGCGUUUUGACCAUAACGAAGUAUAUACAUACAUUGGAAGUGUGCUUGUAUCUGUUAAUCCAUACCGGUCACUGCCCAUUUAUUCACCAGAGAAAGUGGAAGAAUACAGGAAUAGAAAUUUUUAUGAACUGAGUCCUCACAUCUAUGCCCUGUCAGAUGAAGUGUACAGAUCCCUUCGAGAUCAAGAUAAAGACCAAUGUAUUCUAAUUACUGGAGAAAGCGGAGCAGGAAAAACAGAGGCCAGUAAGCUUGUUAUGUCCUAUAUAGCAGCUGUUUGUGGAAAAGGAGCAGAAGUUAAUCAAGUCAAAGAACAGCUUUUACAGUCCAACCCUGUCCUGGAAGCUUUUGGAAAUGCCAAAACUGUAAGGAAUGACAACUCCUCUAGAUUUGGCAAAUAUAUGGACAUUGAAUUUAACUUUAAAGGAGACCCACUGGGUGGAGUGAUAAGCAACUAUCUUUUAGAGAAGUCUCGUGUUGUUAAGCAGCCAAGAGGUGAAAGAAACUUUCAUGUAUUCUAUCAGCUGCUCGCUGGUGCCUCAGAAGAGCUUCUCAAUAAGCUUAAACUCAAGCGGGACGUCAGCAGGUAUAACUACUUGAGCCUGGACUCCGCCACAGUUAAUGGAAUGGAUGAUGCUGCAAAUUUCAGAACCGUUAGGAAUGCCAUGCAGAUUGUGGGCUUUCUGGAUCAUGAAGCCCAGUCUGUCUUGGAGGUGGUGGCAACAGUGUUGAAACUGGGGAACAUUGAGUUCAAGCCCGACUCUCGAGUGAAUGGUUUAGAUGAAAGCAAAAUCAAAGACAAAAAUGAGUUAAAAGAAAUCUGUGAGUUGACCGGCAUCGAUCAGUCAGUUCUAGAGCGAGCAUUCAGUUUCCGGACAGUUGAGGCCAAGCAGGAGAAAGUUUCGACUACACUGAAUGUGGCUCAGGCUUAUUAUGCCCGUGAUGCUCUGGCUAAAAACCUCUACAGCAGGUUGUUCUCAUGGCUGGUGAAUCGAAUCAAUGAAAGCAUCAAGGCCCAAACGAAAGUGAGAAAGAAGGUCAUGGGUGUUUUGGACAUUUAUGGCUUUGAAAUUUUUGAGAAUGCAGACAACAGCUUUGAGCAGUUUAUUAUUAAUUAUUGUAAUGAAAAGCUGCAACAAAUCUUCAUUGAACUUACUCUUAAAGAAGAGCAAGAGGAGUAUAUACAGGAGGACAUAGAAUGGACUCACAUUAACUACUUCAAUAAUACUAUCAUUUGUGACCUAAUAGAAAAUAACACAAAUGGCAUCCUGGCUAUGCUGGAUGAAGAGUGUCUGAGACCUGGCAUCGUCACAGAUGAGACCUUCUUAGAAAAGCUCAACCAAGUCUGCGCCACCCACCAGCACUUUGAGAGCAGGAUGAGCAAGUGCUCUAGAUUCCUCAACGACACGUCUCUGCCUCACAGCUGUUUCAGGAUUCAGCAUUAUGCCGGCAAGGUGCUGUACCAGGUGGAGGGAUUUGUUGACAAAAACAAUGACCUCCUCUACCGCGACCUGUCCCAGGCCAUGUGGAAGACCAGCCAGCCCCUCAUCAAGUCUCUGUUCCCCGAGGGGAACCCUGCCAAGAUCAACCUGAAAAGGCCCCCCACAGCCGGGUCCCAGUUCAAGGCUUCCGUGGCCACCCUGAUGAAAAAUCUACAGACAAAGAACCCCAACUACAUUAGGUGUAUCAAACCCAAUGAUAAAAAAGCUGCAUACAUCUUCAGCGAGACUCUGGUUCGUCAUCAGGUCAGGUACCUGGGUCUUUUGGAGAAUGUCCGAGUGAGGAGGGCAGGCUACGCCUUCAGGCAGGCCUAUGGGCCUUGCCUAGAGAGAUACAAAAUGCUUUGUAAACAAACAUGGCCUCACUGGAAAGGACCAGCAAGAUCUGGUGUGGAGGCUCUGCUUAAUGAAUUAGAGAUUCCUGUGGAAGAAUACUCCUUUGGUAAAUCAAAGAUAUUCAUCCGAAACCCAAGAACAUUAUUCAAGUUAGAAGACCUGAGGAAGCAACGGUUAGAGGACUUGGCUACUCUCAUUCAGAAGAUCUAUCGGGGGUGGAAAUGCCGCACACACUUCCUGCUAAUGAGAAAAAGCCAAAUCGUGAUUGCUGCCUGGUACAGGAGAUACGCGCAACAAAAGUGGUAUCAAAAGACGAAGAGUUCUGCCUUGGUAAUUCAGUCUUACAUCCGGGGUUGGAAGGCUCGUAAACUCCUGCGGGAACUGAAGCAUCAGAAGCGCUGUGAGGAAGCCGUCACGACCAUUGCAGCCUACUGGCAUGGAACCCAGGCCCGGAGGGAACUGAGGCGGCUGAAGGAGGAGGCUAGGAAAAAACAUGCUAUUGCAGUUAUUUGGGCUUACUGGCUUGGAUCUAAGGCUCGGAGGGAAUUGAGACGCUUGAAGGAGGAGGCUAGGCGUAAGCAUGCAGUUGCUGUUAUUUGGGCUUACUGGCUUGGACUGAAGGCUCGGAGGGAAUUGAGACGCUUGAAGGAGGAGGCUAGGCGUAAGCAUGCAGUUGCUGUUAUUUGGGCUUACUGGCUUGGACUGAAGGUACGGAGGGAGUACAGAAAAUUCUUCAGAGCCUAUGCUGGAAAGAAAAUUUAUGAGUUUACACUUCAGAGAAUUGUACAAAACUACUUCUUGGACAUGAAAAACAAGAUGCCUUCCUUAUCUCCAAUAGAUAAGAAUUGGCCUUCGAGACCUUACCUAUUCUUGGAUUCUACUCACAAGGAGCUAAAAAGGAUUUUUCACUUGUGGAGGUGUAAAAAAUACAGGGACCAGUUCACAGACCAGCAGAAACUUAUUUAUGAAGAGAAACUAGAAGCCAGUGAACUCUUCAAAGACAAGAAGGCUUUAUACCCAUCUAGUGUUGGGCAGCCAUUCCAAGGUCCCUACCUGGCAAUCAAUGAGAACCCCAAGUAUAAGAAACUCAAAGAUGCCAUUGAAGAAAAGAUCAUUAUUGCUGAAAUUGUGAACAAAAUUAACCGUGCUAAUGGGAAGAGUACUUCCCGGAUUUUCCUCUUAACAAAUAAUAAUCUCCUUCUUGCUGACCAAAAGUCUGGACAGAUCAAGUCAGAAGUUCCCCUGGUAGAUGUGACCAAGGUUUCAAUGAGCUCACAAAAUGAUGGCUUCUUUGCCAUCCACCUAAAAGAGGGCUCAGAAGCAGCUAGUAAAGGAGACUUUCUCUUCAGCAGCGACCACCUGAUUGAAAUGGCCACCAAGCUGUAUCGUACAACUCUCAGCCAAACCAAACAGAAGCUCAAUAUUGAAAUUUCUGAUGAAUUCCUGGUACAGUUCAGAAAGGACAAAGUAUGUGUGAAGUUUAUUCAGGGAAGCCAGAACAACGGGAGUGUCCCAAUGUGCAAACGAAAAAACAAUCGUCUCCUUGAAGUUGCUGUCCCUUAACUGGCACCUCCUCUCUGCUUUCAUGGACUUGUUUCUUUGUAAUAGUGCAAUUUGAGUUUUGUUUUAUGGAGUUCAUUAUAUGUUUGGGAAUUGCCAAAGGCUAAUACUAUUAGAGUCCCUUGGCAAAAUAAAAAUAUUUGACUAAUCAAUUUUUAUUAUUGGAAUAGUUUUAACCCUUAAAGUAUACACAUUUUGUCAAGGGGCAGGAUUGUAGAAUCUAACAGUGUCUGUGCUAUGCCAGUUCUGCUCUUUGUUUAGUCAUCACAUUAGAUCUGUGUGCCAUAAAUCCACAUAUUACUCAUAAAUCAUUAAUACAUCUAAUUUUAGGAAAUGGUCUUAAAAAUAGUGCAUUCACUCAUCAAAUAUUUAUUGAAUGCCUAUUCUUGUAGGCACUGUGCUAGAUGGUAUGAAAACUUAUUUAGGAAACUUUUUUUGUUUUUAAGGCCAUUACAUUCUGUCUGAUGUGUGCUGGUUUAGCUAAGGGCUAAGAGGGUUUGAAAAUGUUGAGAUCAAAACAUUAACUGUUAAUGGUAGACAGCAUUAUUAGGAACCCUGCAGCAUGAUCUUUAACAGUAUAUACUUCAAGAUGGGCUGGUCCUAGGAAGGAUUAGAAAUAUAUGAUGGGCUAAAUUGCCCCAUAUGUGAUUUCUAUUUGAUGUAGGAAAACUGACAUUUGAACACAACUUUUAAUUUGUUCAGAUCUCUUAUAAUUGCUUUUAACAGUAGAAAACAGAGCCAUUCUUAUUUUAGAAAAAGUGACAGAAGCAGUCCAGUAAGAUUAUAUUUUCCUGUUUCUGGUUAACAUCAGAUAUGAUACUAGAUAUGCUAAUAUCUGCAGAUAACUGUUUUCACCCAAAUUUGAGUAGAUAUUUUAAACAUUUAAUAGCAAAGAUUCUGUACAAUGUGCAAUAAAACAUCCAAGAUCUUUUUUGAAAGUUUUAUUUAUAAUAUACAUUUUUUAUGAGAGGGGUGAUUGGUAUAGGGUGCAUAUUUUCGUCAAGGAUUAAAAAUAAAUUUGUGUUAAUUUGCAGGGUUUUUUUCCUUCAAAUUUACAACCAAGGGUUCAUUUUGGAAACUACAUUUUAAACUUUGGAAUCAAAUUGUUUGUUAUUUAGGAAGAUAAUGUAUAUACAUUGGUAUUAUGUUAAAUAAUAAAAUUGUUCUAAUUUGGUGCCAUUUGCUGGAUCAUAACUGUAUUUUUCUAUUUCAAGCUAUUGUCUUAUGUUGUGUGUCAACGUAUUGUCACACAGAAAGGCUUUACAAUCCAAACAUGUUCUCUGUGUAACUGAAUUUCAUUUAACUUUUAUAAAUCAGAAACAUUCAUUGAAAGUAUUUUCUGGGGAUUUUCUUCUAAUUUUUGUACUUUAAAAAAAUCCUUCACAUAAAGAAAUUCUCAGAA